AUGGUACCUAUCCCACUAGAAGUCCUUUCCUGCAUUCACGGCUUUCUGGGGAAACAAGACGUGACCACAUGUCUCCGAGUCAACAAAACCUUCUUCAGCCUGUCGCUCUCAACGCUUUAUCGGGGAGACUCGCCACUGGCCUCCUCCGGCCCAAAGAAUAACUGGAAACGGAUUGAAAUGAUGGCAUCUAGAGCGACAAAUGCCGAAACUGGCGGCUGUAACCUAGAAGCGCUCUCCUUGAUCACAGACUUACACGUCGGACCCAUAGAAGACUUCAAACUAACUUCUAUCGCUUCCUCUCUGGUUAACCUUUGUCGACUAGUCUUGAUCAAUGAAGGCUUUAUGAUCUCUACGAUGCUUGACCUCCUUGCAAGAGAGAAGAACCCCGCAUUUCCCUGCCUUGAAAUAUUGAAAAUCAACCCCGGGAGCGGUUUCAGUUUCAACAAUUCGCCUCGGUGCCGAAAUGUGGAACGGCUGAACGGGAUAUUGUUGCCAUACUUGAGGGUGUUCAAAGAGUCUCGGAGACCAACGCUUCCAUUAGAACUACUACAACGAAUACAAGGCAUGCUAGACCGAACUAACACGGUCACAUGCCUCCGAGUCUGCAAGGCAAUGUUCCAUCAUUCGGUCGACAUCCUCAGCAAAGGGAGAGAUGAUAACAUGGUUAUAGAAACCAUAGCCAAGAAACUUGAAGGCAGCAAGUCUGGCCACGGUAUACUCUGCCAACACAACGACCAUCAGAACACGCCGAACUGCCUAUCCACCUUGAAAUCCUUGACAAUCCAUGGCCCAUGGGAAUGGUCGUUUUUAAUGUGCUGCAGGCACGUGGAAUGCCUUGCGAUCCAUGGGCCCCUAGAAGAAGAAGAUAUCAAAGAAUUAUCGACAUUCUUCGGAAAUGUCAAGGGUCUUCAACGCGUCAAGACGCUUAUCUUGGAUGUACACAUCCGUCCGCGCCGCACUUGGGAGUGUGAAUUGACAACGUUUAGCAACUUCCUGCCGAGUUUGCAACAAGAUAAUCGACGAACUUUCCACCGACCCUUCGCGUUUAAAGUUAUUGGAAGAAGUGUACAUUAA